AUGUCUUCACCACCACUUGAAGUGCAAAUACCACAACCAGUGGCUCGAGACCCAAAGUUGUGCCAAAACGAACACAUUCCAACAAAAGUCUACAAGACUUCGACCGAUGCCAGUAUAGCUGCUGCACACGAAAUCAUCGAUUUGAUUAAUCAAAAAGAUGGGAAAGUAGUUUUAGGCUUAGCGACCGGAUCCACACCAACUGAAAUCUAUUCUGAGUUGGUACGUGCUUGUAAAAAUGGUGAAGUCUCAUUCAAGAAUGUCAAGACCUUCAAUUUGGAUGAGUACUACCCGAUGAAACCAGACCAAUUCCAGUCUUAUCACCACUUCAUGAAUGAAGUCUUAUUCAACCACAUUGACAUCAACAGAGAAAACGUUCACAUCCCCGAUGGAACUUGCCCAGUCGACAAGAUCGAAGAGUUCUGUACCAACUACGAGAAACAAAUCGAAGAAGCGGGUGGACUUGAUUUACAGAUUUUGGGGAUUGGCCGUUCUGGGCAUAUAGGGUUUAAUGAACCAGGCUCUCCUGCUACUUCAAAAACAAGAAAAAUCUACUUGGACUCAAUUACUCGAUUGGACGCCGCUGGUGACUUCUUUGGUAUGGAACACGUCCCAACACAAGCGAUUACUAUGGGAGUUGGAACAAUCAUGAAAGCAAAGAGAUUAUUACUGUUAGCCUUUUCUGAGGGCAAAGCAAAGAUCAUUGCAAAGGCGAUUGAAGGCGAAUCAACUGAACUUUGCGCAGCUUCCUUGUUACAAAGACACUGUAAUACUACGGCUAUUUUGGAUUUACCCGCAUCGUCUGAACUCACAUAUUACGCUAACCCAUGGACUCUGUCACUGAAAGACUCAACACUCAAUGUCAAAUACGACAAACCGUUAAUCAAACAAGCUGUUGUAUGGUUGGCCCUCCAGUGCAAUAAACCAAUAUUACAAUUGACUUCGAAUGACUACUAUAACCACCACUUGAAUGCUCUCUUGGAGCAAUGUGGAAGUUCAGAGAGCGUCAAUUUGUUUGUCUUCCAGUCGAUUCAAGACACCAUCAGUGGAUGGCCAUCGGGCAAAAUGUCGAAAACUACAACCCGAGAGUUGAAGGUGUACGACCACCCAACACUCGAUAGAAAGACUCUGUACAACCCAGAAAUGGCUAUCCACAAGAAAAUAGCCGUCUUCUCUCCGCAUCCAGACGACGACGUCAUUUCAAUGGGAGCCACCAUCCAACGAUUGUGUGAACAAGGAAAUGAAGUGCACACUGUGUAUGAAACCAGCGGCGCCAUAGCUGUUUGGGAUGACGAUGUGAAGAGGAUGCUUCACUUCACUGAUUUGUAUGCCAAGCUUCUGAACAUUGAACCAGAGAAGUACAUCAAGAAGAACGAAGAGAUCAUGGGGCUCUUCGAAGGGAAGACUGCAGAGGAAGGGUAUCAAGACAGAAGGAUAGUAUUAGAGAUCAAGAGAAUAAUGAGGGAGACUGAAGCCGUCGAUGCCUCUCUCCACUGUGGUGUGAAGAGAGAGAACGUCCAUUUACUCAACUUGCCAUUCUACCAGACAGGACAAAUAGUGAAGAACCCCGUCUCGCAGUCUGACAUUGAAAUUGUCAAGAAGGAAUUACUCAAAAUCCAGCCCGAGAUGAUCUACGCGGCCGGCGAUUUGACGGAUCCCCACGGAACACAUCGGAAGUGCACUCGAUGUGUGUUAAAGGCACUUGAACAGUUGGAAAAGGAAGGACAAGAGUGGGUCAAGAAAGUGGAGAUCUGGUUGUAUAGAGGAGCGUGGCAAGAGUAUGAAGUCUAUAGAGCAGACUUGAUAGUCCCCAUGUCGAUCAAUGAAAUUGCAGAUAAGAGACAAGCCAUCUUUAAACACCAAUCACAAAAAGACCUUGCGCUGUUCCCCGGAGCAGAUAGUAGAGAGUUUUGGCAAAGAGCGGAAGAUCGAAAUAAAAAUACCGCGGACUUACUUGCGAAGCUCGGGUUCACCCAUUUCGCAGCCGCUGAAGCGUUUGUCAGAUACAACAAGUCCAUGAUUAUCUAA